CACCCAGUUUCCCCUCCACUGGGAACACCAACCUCACGCUGUUUGACACACGUAGCAAAGGCGCCAGCAUUGCCAACGUCUUUGUUCCAGAACUUCAAAACUUAUGCAUUCGAGAAGAUUGAACAGCCAUGACACCCCGAGAUCUGAAUCAAAUGGACAGGAUGCCGAGCUCCACCAAGGAGACCCCCGGCCCGUCUCCGCGAGGCGCUCUUCCCUCUUUGGCGACGCAGCUCCACCCGCCUCCGUCCCCUGGCACUCCCCGAACGCUUAGGAGAUUGCAGUCGGCGCAUAGCCUUGGAGCAAAGGCCGCAGCUCAACCGUCGCUCAUUUCGCAGCAAAGGCUACAGAUACAACGCCAGCAGCAGUUCCAAAACCUGAACCAGCACCUCCAGAGACUCCCUCCUCAAGCCCAGCCGAGAAGUCAUGCGAGCAUCAACCGCUCGCCACAGAGAGGACGCGCCAACAGCGACGCACCGCCGAUUCCCAACGUUACCCAGCUCAAUGCUACCAUGACCAUGACCGCAGCAACAGCAAGUAGGCGCUCCGUGCUGAGCAAGCGGUCGCUCGCCGCCGAUGCCAUGUCUCUCGAGAGACUGCUUCGCGAAGGACCGCCCAACGGCGACGUCGAGGGUGCUCUCGAGAGCACGCGACUUAAGAUUCUCGACCAGGGUAUCAAGUCGGACAGCGACGGGAUGUCGUCACUCCGGAUCUACGUGUGGCUCAUAUUGCUCAAUGCGCCGGUGCUCGAGACCGACACCUACCUGGCCCUCAUACACCGCGGCGCGUCUCCGGCCUACUCCAAGAUCCGCAAUGACACUUUCCGCACAUUAUCGACCGAUCCCCUUUUCCGACGCCGUGUGAGCGAGGCAAGCCUUAUCCGACUGCUAAAUGCCUUCGCGUGGACACUCCACGAUACGCGUGAGGAGCGCAAUCGGGAACCAAGCAUAGCCAGCAGCUCGCGUCUGUCGCUAGACCAAUCCAGUAGCCGACCAGGAACGGCCUACGGAAGCGAUUACGGGAGCCCAAGUUCAUCUCCCGCGGCGAAAAGAGCACGUGCCCUGACGCUCACGACUGAGGGCUCCGUUACGAGCAUGACAGCGGAAGCGGGGACCUACGUCCAGGGCAUGAACGUGCUGGCGGCUCCCUUCUUGUACGCUGCGCGUAGCGAAGCCGAGGCGUUUGUCGCCUUCCACCAGCUCCUGACGAAGGAGUGCCCUGGCUACAUCCGCGGUGCCAUGGACGGCGUACACAAGGGCCUGGCGCUGGUCGACAAGGUGCUGGCCAUCGUCGACCCAAAGCUCAGCCUGUACCUGCUUUCCAAGAACCUCUCAGCCGAAAUCUACGCUUUUCCCUCCGUGCUGACGCUCUGUGCCUGCACGCCGCCUCUGCCGGAGGUCUUGCGGCUCUGGGACUUCCUUUUUGCAUACGGCCCGCAUCUGAAUAUUCUGUGCAUUGUUGCGCAGCUGGUUAUGAUCCGCACCAAGAUCAUGGAGUCACCUAGUCCCAAUAAGCUCCUGAGAUCCUUCCCGGCUCUUCAAGCGGAUCAGAUCAAGCGUACGACUUUAGCGAUCAUCAAGAUGAUACCCAACGAUGUCUACGCUGAGAUUGUUUCUCACGCGCGGUAAAGCGGGAAAGACGCUCUGACAAGGCAACUGCUGCUGCUCAGCGCAGAUCAUCGAGCGAGAGGUCUCGGCAAGCCGCGCACGUAAUGAUAAUCUGGAACAUCCCCGGUUGGAUGCAUUCAAACCCAAAUCGCAAAUGUCAAGCCGCUAUCCAGACGUUCUAGCUGUCCGCUUGCUUAAAAGAGGCGAGCAUCGGGGAGACCGAGCAAUACUUCGGCAGCCUGCUCAUUCAACCUGUUCCU